AUGACCUGUCUCUCAGCAGCUCCCAUUUUUCUCUCAAAUCUCAAAGAAACAAAGUCAUCUUCAUCCAGCUUGGUCAUGUCUCCCUCACAGCCAAUGACAAUUGCAAUUGUCGGUGCAGGCAUCGGUGGCAUAACACUCGCCAUUGCCAUCUCAAAACACAAUCCCGAUCUGCAGCUCACGUUGUUUGAAUCACGAUCAGAAUUCUCUGAGAUCGGCGCUGGCGUCGGGUUCGGACCCAACGCAACUCAAGCCAUGCGGCUUAUAUCCCCAGAAGUCGAAGCCGUCCACGACAAAGUCAAAACACCAAAUUUAUGGCCUGAGAAAGACCAUAUCUGGUACGAUCUUCGCUAUGGAACUGGUCCUCAAGAUGGAGAAAUGAUAGGUGAAAUCGAAGCCAAAGGCGGAUUCAGGCAUUGUGGGGCCUCGAGGGCACAUUUCCUGGAUGGCUUGGUGGGGCUGAUUCCAGAGACCGUGAAAGUUCAAUUUGGGAAGAAAGUCAUAGACGUCACGGCUAAUGACCAGGAUGGGAAACUGCGAGUUGUGUUCGAUGACGGGGAAGUGUUUACCGCGGAUGCAGUUGUUGGCUGUGACGGCAUUCGAUCUGCUUGCCGUAAAAUCUUGCUCGGGCCAGAUGAUGAGAGUGCAAAGGCAGUCUACAGUGGGAAGUACGCAUAUAGGAAAGUAGUCGAUAUGAAAGAUGCCGUGGCAGCUGUUGGAACUGAAGUUGAGAAUCGAACGAUCUAUUCAGGUCGAGGUGGGCAUCUGUUGAUGUUUCCAAUCAGAGCCGGAAAAGCUCUGAACAUAGUAGUAUUCAGAGAUUCAGAUGGACGGCCCUGGACACAGCAUCAAUGGGUUAUUCCUAGCACUCGUGAAGAGCUGCUCAAAGAUUUCGAGGGGUGGGGAGAGAAGCCUAUGAAAAUCCUAGAAUUGAUGGACAGUCCCGACAAAUGGGCAUUGUUUGACCAUCUUCCUGCACCGACAUAUUCAAAAGGUAAUUUCUGCCUUCUGGGAGAUGCCGCUCAUGCAACUACACCCCAUUCGGGAGCAGGAGCAGGAUUUGCAAUCGAAGAUGCGCAUCUCCUGUCAGGACUCUUAGCAUCAGAGAACAUCAAAUCAGUUGAAGAUAUCAAAUAUGCUUUCAGAGCAUAUGAUGAAGUGAGGAGACCAAGAUCUCAGGAGCUAGUCAGGAGAUCACGGCGGCAGGGAAUGAUAUUGGAUCUACAAAAACCUGAUGGUGGUUUAGUAGACGGAGAAGAAUUGAGAAUCAGCAUGGCGAAGAAUCAAGAUUGGGUUUGGGAGAUUGAUUUGAGUCAGAUGCUGGAGCAAGGGACAGCGCUCUUCAGAACGUAUCCAAGAAGCUCCUAG